AUGAGUGCGCAGACCACGUUUUCGCAGACACCUGCCUACACGACGCUUCCAUGUAGUCCGACGGAGGUGGCAGCUCAAGAAGCGCUCGUCUACGAAGACCUGAAGAGAGCAAUCACUUUGCUCGAAACGGCCGUGAAGACUAACGCAAAGGAGAAGAUCCCACGCGUUCUCCGCACCACCAGCAAACUGCGCAAGACCCUAUCUGUUGCGCAGCUGCGACAAGCUGUGGGACAGCUGCUGCCGGCGCAGAACGUGUCGAAGCCAAUGCUGCUCGACCUUCUGGCUCAAAUCGAAACGAAGGCCUUGCAUGCCGUUGAGGUGGCAAGGGGUGAUGAUAGUGGGGAGAAGGAUGUGGAAAUGACGGAUGCGUCGCUGGAAGUGGAUACUUGCACUGCUGUCAACACGCCUGCAGUGGUGCUACCUGUAGUGGACCUCAUUGAAGUGGAAAUCUACCUGUUUCUUUAUGUGCUAGCAGCCCUCAUGAAGUACAAAAUGGACCAAGUGGCACUGAAGACGGUGGACAUGGUGGUAACUCGAUGUCAGCAGUUCAAUUGUCGCACGCUGGACUUGAUCCAAGCCAAGGUAUUUACGUACUACUCGAAUAUCCAUGAGAGCUUUGGCCAGGAUCUGCCUGCAAUCCGCAACACGCUUCUUUGCGCACAUCGCACCUCGUGCUUGCGCUACGAUGAAGCAGGACAGGCUACCCUCAUUAACUUGUUACUGCGCAACUAUCUCAAGGACAAUCUAUACGAACAGGCUUACAAAUUUGUAAGCAAAACGACGUUUCCCGAGACGGUGUCAAACAAUCAGUUUGUCCGCUACUUGUACUAUGUUGGCAAGAUCCAGGCGGUCCAACUGGAGUACACGGAGUCGUACACAAAGCUCAUGCAGUCCAUUCGCAAAGCUCCAGCCAACACGGCGCAUGGCUUCAAGCGCACAGUGUACAAGCUCGCUAUCAUCGUCCAGUUGCUCAUGGGCGAAGUGCCGGAACGUGACGUGUUCAGCCAGGACGAGCUUCGCAAGGCAUUGGCGCCGUACCUACAGCUCACUAAUGCCGUCCGCGUUGGCAAUCUGGAGGAUUUUAACGUGGUUUUGUCGCAACACGGGGCAGCAUUCAAAGCUGACAACACCUACACGCUGAUCAUUCGCUUACGCCACAACGUGAUCAAGACGGGUCUACGCAAAAUCAGCAUGUCGUACUCGCGAAUCCUGUUCAAGGACAUUUGCGAGAAGCUCGCGUUGGAAAAUACGCAAAACGCGGAAUUUGUGUGUGCCAAGGCGAUUCGGGACGGCGUGAUUGACGCCGUGAUCGACCAUGAGAACGGCUGGCUUCAACUAAAGGAGACCGUGAACGUGUAUACCACGAAAGAUCCCCAAACGGCCUUCCAGAGACGCAUUAACUUUUGCCUCGACGUGCACAACGAAGCUGUCAAGGCCAUGCGCUAUCCGCCGGACGCCUACAAGAAAGAUCUAGAGAGCGCCGAAGAGCGCCUGGAACGUGAAAAGCAGGAAGAGGAGCUGGCCAAGGAGAUCGAGGAUGAGAUGGACGAAGGGCUAUGA